AUGAUGUCAUAACAUGGCGGAACUGUGUAGGCAACCGGACACUCAUUAUUGGGUCAAGAUUUCUUAUAGGUAGUUAUUUAGACACAAAACAGAUGAACUAGAAACCGGAAGCAGCGUGCGUUAAUGUGAUUUUUCAUUUAAUCUGGCUGACCAUAAAUUAGAGCCUAUCCAACGUUAGAGGACGCUCAUUUGACUGAACCUUCUCCGGAGAGCCCAGAGUGGGCUGGAAGCUUCCACAAGCCGGAAGAACACAACCAGCAAAGAGGGGAUGGAGGUAGACUGCCAACCCGAGGAGUCCAUUGUCUCUUCAUUUGACGAGGACUGUGUUGAGCUUGGUGACGUCAAGGACAUGAGAUUGGAGGCGGAAGCAGUGGUAAAUGACGUGCUCUUUGCCGUCACUGAAAUGCACGUGUCUCAGAGUCUCAACAGUGCGUCGGACGUGGCCUACAUAAAUGUGGAAACAAGAGAGGGAAAUCGGUAUUGUCUGGAGCUCACGGAAGCAGGACUGAGGGUGGUGGGCUAUGCUUUCGAUCAAGUGGACGAGGAUUUGAGCAACCAGUAUCAUGAGACUGUCUACUCACUUCUGGACACGCUGAGUCCGGGUUACAGAGAAGCCUUUGGGAAUGCUUUGCUCCAGCGGCUGGAGAGGCUGAAGCAAAACGGACAAUAAGAAAAAAAGAAAGAAGUGACCAAGAUGCUGCGUAAGCUCUACAAGUGAAAUAACUGGGCUGACAAUGUGGGUGUAUUUGGAUAUGAGCCAAUAAUAACCAAGUCUGGUCAAAUAUUAUAGCCUAUCAUGUGACAUCCACCUGCCUAGCUACCACUACAAUAAGGGGUACCCUGCCCUAUCAACUUUGCUUUGUUCCGAGUUUCAUAUCAUUGAAUGACUCCAUGUUUGAUACUUAAAUUCAGUGACUGCUAGGGGCUGGCUGUACAGGAUCUGUCGCAACAUUGUGUUGUUGACUUUCAGUGUGGAAAAAAUCUUCCAGCUUCCACGUGUUACAACUUUGUAACUGUGCACAUUGUUUAAGGAUUCUGCACCUUUUCUACUCAUCGAAAUGAAUCUGAGAAAGAAGCAGCAAGUUGUAUUGAUAGUAACUACAUUUCACACUCUGCCCCGCCUGCACUGAAGCUGUGACCGACUGACACCUGCUCAGAUAUACUCAACUAGUUCACAUUCAGCAGGUGUCUCAAUGAAAGAGCCAAAGCUACAUUCUUUCUGUGUAACUCAUUUAUAUGUAAAUUGCCUUAAUGACUGACUUUGGGUUGUAAAAGUACAAAAAUUAACUCAUAAAUUUGUGUUUUACUUAUUUUGUGUUGAAGCAGAUAAUGGCAUUUUGUGGGGCUGUCAUUUCACAUGGAUUGCUAGGUCAGAAGAAAUUAAAACUUAUUUGAAAGUUCUGAUUAUGUUACAAACUAAACUGACACUUUAUUCAAUAUUAAUUUUCAAGUUAGUUGUGUUUGGAUAUUGUCUUUUUUUCCCCUCCAUACUGCACAGUGCAUUGCAUCUCAAGCUUGCAGCUUGCAAGGACUUGUGGAGCUGCUUUAAGUUGAUGUUGGUUUAUUGUACUUGUGACCUGGUUAUGAUCCCACUUCAGUCUUAUGAAAUCUGCUUUAAGAAAACUUGUUACCUUUGCAUUCGUACUGUUAUUCCUUGCUGCUGGCCUUUGCUCAGACCAAUAAAUUCUCAGAACUA